AGACAAGUCAUAAGACAAAUUCGAAAUUCAACAGCAACAGAUUAUGGAGGGUAGAUGGUGGACCUGGUGACUGGGACUGGAAAAGGAUUUUUUCCUCUGGAAUCAGACAUAACAGAGAUGGCACAAACAGAAGUACAUCGCAAGAAAAGGCAAGUGGCUAUCCUCAUUAUAUGGAUGAUUUUGUGGGAAGUGGGUUCAGAAUCGAUUCAAUAUUCUGUACUGGAGGAGACAGAAAGUGGCACGUUUGUGGCCAAUUUGACAAAGGACCUGGGACUCAGGAGAGGAGAGCUGGCUGCGCGGAGUGCUCAGGUCGUUUUCAAGGGGAACAGGCAGCAUUUGCAGCUUGACCCACACACCUAUGAUUUGCUGCUAAAUGAGAAACUAGACCGGGAAGAGCUGUGUGGCUCCACUGAGCCCUGUGUCCUACCUUUCCAAGUGUUACUGGAAAAUCCCUUGCAGUUUUUUCAGGCUGCUUUAGGAGUUAGAGAUAUAAAUGACCACGCCCCAGAGUUCCCAGCCAGAGAAAUGCUACUAAAAAUAUCAGAAAUUACUACACCAGGAAAGCUGUUUCCUUUGAAAAUGGCACAGGAUUUAGAUGCUGGUAGCAACGGUCUUCAGAGCUACAUAAUCAGCUCCAAUCCUCAUUUUCACGUUCUCACUCGCAAUCGCAGCGAUGGCAGGAAGUUCCCGGAGCUGGUGCUGGACAAAGCCUUGGACCGUGAGGAGCAGCCCGAGCUUGGGCUUACCCUCACAGCGCUGGAUGGUGGGUCUCCACCCCGUUCUGGAACCACCGAGAUUCGGAUUCUGGUCUUGGACAUCAAUGACAACGCCCCUGAGUUUGCUCAGGAGCAAUAUGAGGCGCAAAUCCUUGAAAACAGUUCCCUGGGCUCUCUGAUUAUCACCGUCUCAGCGAGGGAUUUAGAUGCUGGAUCCUUUGGGGAAGUAUCUUACGCCCUAUUUCAGGUAGAUGACAUUAAUCAGCCCUUCGAAAUAAACGCAAUUACAGGAGAAAUUCGACUGAGAAAGGCUUUGGAUUUUGAGGAAUUUCAGUCUUAUCAUGUGGAUAUCGAGGCUACAGAUGGCGGGGGACUAUCAGGAAAAUGCUCUUUAGUCAUCAAGGUUCUGGACGUAAAUGAUAACACUCCUGAAUUGACCAUGUCUUCACUCUUCAAUCCUAUCCCUGAAAACCUGCCAGACAUCAUAGUGGCAGUUUUCAGUGUAUCAGAUGCAGAUUCUGAACAAAAUCAACAGAUUAUUUGCUCUAUAGAUAACAGUCUCCCUUUUCUCCUAAAACCAUCAGUAGAGAAUUUCUACACCUUGGUAACUGAAGGAGAGCUGGACAGAGAAAGCCAAGCCGAGUACAACAUCACCAUCACCGUCACGGACUUGGGGACCCCCAGGCUGAAAACGCAGCACAACAUCACCGUGACGGUGUCCGACGUCAACGACAACGCCCCCGCCUUCAGCCAAACCACCUACACCCUGCGGGUCCGCGAGAACAACAGCCCCGCCCUGCACCUAGGCAGCGUCAGCGCCACAGACGCAGACUCGGGCGCCAACGCCCACGUCACCUACUCGCUGCUGCCGCCCCAGGACCCGCAGCUGCCCCUGGCCUCCCUGGUGUCCAUCAACGCGGACAACGGGCAGCUGUUCGCGCUCAGGUCCCUGGAUUACGAGGCGCUGCAGGCGUUCGAGUUCGGCGUGCGCGCGGCCGACCGCGGCUCGCCCGCGCUCAGCAGCCAGGCGCGCGUGCGCGUGCUGGUGCUGGACGACAACGACAACUCGCCCUUCGUGCUGUACCCGCCGCAGAACGGCUCUGCGCCCUGCACCGAGCUGGUGCCCAGGGCGGCCGAGGCGGGCUACCUGGUGACCAAGGUGGUGGCGGUGGACGGCGACUCGGGCCAGAACGCCUGGCUGUCGUACCAGCUGCUCAGGGCCACGGAGCCCGGGCUGUUCGGCGUGUGGGCGCACAACGGCGAGGUGCGCACGGCCAGGCUGCUGAGCGAGCGCGACGCCGUCAAGCACAGGCUGGUGGUGCUGGUCAAGGACAAUGGCGAGCCGCCGCGCUCGGCCAGCGUCACGCUGCACGUGCUGCUGGUGGACGGCUUCUCGCAGCCCUACCUGCCGCUCCCGGAGGUGGCGGCGGCCGAGGCGCAGGCCGACCCGCUCACCGUCUACUUGGUCAUCGCCUUGGCGUCCGUGUCGUCGCUCUUCCUGUUCUCGGUGCUGGUGUUCGUGGCGGUGCGGCUGUGCAGGCGGAGCCGGGCGGCGUCUGCGGGUCGCUGCCCGGUGCCCGAGGGCCACUUUCCGGGCCACCUGGUGGACGUCAGCGGCACGGGGACGCUGUCCCAGAGCUACCAGUACGAGGUGUGCCUGCGGGGCGGCUCGGGGACCAGUGAGUUCAAGUUCUUGAAGCCAAUUCUUCCGAACUUCCCUCCCCAGGGCAUUGGAAAGGAAAUGGAGGAAAGCCCCAAGGUUCGGGAUAGUUUCCUAUUCAGUUAAGUAUACUAUUAAGCCCUUUUGAAAAUCUGUUUUAAC